ACCCCUGUACUAUUGCAAAUUAACAAACGUACCCCUGUACUAUUUUUUUGUUCAAACAUACCCUUCUAUUAUGAACACAUAAUAGACGUCCCUACUGUUAAAUUUUCUGUUAUUUAACCGUUAAAUAAGAUGAAAAAGUACUAUUUUGACCCUCAUCUUCUAACUUAAUAGCUAUUUUUUUGUUCAAACAUACCUAGGUGAGUGAAAGAGUUUAAUCUAUAAUGAGAGAAUAGAAAUCUGCUUCAGACGCGGAAAUCAUUAUGUAAAGGAUGAAAAUCUGCUUCUGGUAAUCAAUCAGCACUUCUCCAAGCUUCCCCCGAGCUCCAAUAGUGUUGGAGAUCGAUUUAAGGCACUUGGAAGUUCUGUUCGUCACUCUCUCUCUCUCUCAGUUUUCUGCUUUCUAUCUCUAAAAAUCAGAUCCCCUCUCAAAAGAGGCUUUCUUCCCUUCAAAAGGGGAAGAUCGCGAUACCCAGCCUUAAUACCCGGUCGGGUAUUACUGGGGACCAUCCGGGUAUUAUCAAAACGCAGCGCUCUGACAGGGGGAAAUACCCGAUCGGGUAUUUAAGCUUCGCGGCCGGGGACCCCUUCUGCUUCUUUGGCCUUCAAAAUAGUUUUACCCGGUCCUUCCUUCUCGUUUACCCGGUCAGUUAUUUUAGUGCCUGACCGAGUAUUUUUGCUUGACAGCUCCUCUAACUCCAACUUUCCACUUUUCGACCCGAAACUCGUUUCCACGCCUCUAUAUCCACGCCAAGUCCUGAAAUAUGACAUAAACAAACAACCUAGCAUGAAAUCGGCCUAAAACACGAGAAUCAACUCUCAAACGGUUCAAGAAUGAUGGUCAACAUGGCUGCUACUCAGUUUGGGCAGCCGACUACUCGUAUUCAGGUCGAUAACGGGAUGGAAUUUCAAACAAGUUUGCAGUCUUUCUAUGAGGCUCGGGGUAUCCUUCUUCAAACCUCAUGCACUGACACCCCGCAGCAGAACGGGGGGUCGUGGAAAGAAAGCAUCGACAUCGUUUAGAAACCUCACGUGCCCUCAUGUUUCGCGCCAAUCUACCUUUGGCAUUCUGGGGUGAGUCAGUUCUUACGGCAACAUACUUGAUUAAUCGACUGCCCUCCACAGUUCUUGACAACCGAACGCCCUAUGAAUUACUCCUUGGUCGCCCACCUACUUAUGGUCAUCUCCGCGUUUUCAGCUGUCUAGCCUAUGGUAAGGAUACCCAUAAGAGUCUCUCGAAGUUUAGUGAACGAGGACACCCCUCCAUCUUCGUUGGGUACCCGUCUCAACACAAGGGGUAUCGUCUCUGGGAUCUUGCGGCACGGAAGUUCUACGUGAGCCGCGAUGUGGUCUUCAUCAAGCAUGUCUUUCCCUUCCAUGCUGGGGAGACUACUGCUCCUUCUUCUAUUCUUGUUUUUCCUCGGCUAGUUCCUCCGCCUCCCUUUGACAAUCCCGAUCUUACCGCUACGGCCGAGCGGCAUGAGUUUGACUCCGAUGACGAGGGUGCUUCUGAUUCCUCCGAGAUGCCUGACGACCCUCCACUUCGGGUGCAACUUCCUCAGAAGCCUCUCCUCCCUAGCCCGAGGUUCGACGCAGUGACCAGAUGCAGUUUGUGCCUCGUCAUCUUGUUGUGUAUGACACGAACCUGCCUCCUUCCAACAUACCUCAUCCCCUAGCUCAACAUGUAAGUUAUCAUGCAUUUUCUACUAGUCAUCGAGCUUUCUUGGCCUCGGUGUCCGCCGUUCCUGAGCCAAAUCAUUUCCAUCAAGCCAUUCAGUAUAUUGAAUGGCGUGUUGCCAUGCAAUUUGAAAUAGGUGCAUUGGAGGCCAACCAUACUUAGUCUUUGGUUCCUUUGCCGCUAGGAAAGAAGGCCAUAACGCCCAAGUGGGUAUAUAAAAUUAAGUAUCAUCC